AUGGUUUCUCCUUCCAGGCUGCCCUUCAAGACCUUAAUUCUCCUUGGCGCCAACGACGCCUGCCUCCCAAUCCCCACAAAUAGCCAACAGGUCCCCCUAGACCAAUACAAGCAAAACCUCAAAGCCAUCCUCACCCACCCCACCAUCCGCGCCCACGGCCCCAAGAUCCUGCUCGUGAACCCCCCUCCCCUCGAUGAGAUCCGCAUGCUCGAGCGCGAUCUCGAAAAGGGCCACGGCCAGGCGUCGCGCAGCGCGGCCGUCAGCAAGACGUACUCGGAUGCGGCGCUCAGCGUGGCAUCCGAAAUCCCCGGUGUAGUGCCGAUCGACCUCUACGGCGCCGUCAUGCGGCGGGCCGAGCAGAUGACGAUUGGGUUCAGUCGGAGUAGUCUCCCGCUUGGAUCCCCCGAGGGUGAGCGGGGCGGGUUGGAGGUUUUGGUACCGGAUGGGCUGCAUUUAGGGGGCGAAGGGUAUAGAGUGCUUUUUGAGCUGGUGAAGCCUCAUAUUGGGCCGUUUGAUGAGUCGAGAGAGGAUUACCGGCAUCCGGAUUGGAAAAUCCUGAAUCCUGGCAGUCUUGGUUGA